AUUCGUAAACUUUUCAAUCGACAAUCAAAAUGGAUUCGGCCGAGCAGCAACAUCUCCAGCGCAUGUACCGCAUUUACCAGACCGUGAUGCAGAUGUGCCACGAUCGCCAUUACAUUGUGACUGCAGACGAGCUCGAGCAAAACCUCGAGACGUUCCGCGCCAAGGUCUGCACGGGCAACGACCUGACCCCAGUGCGAGAGCGCAUGUUGUGCAACUUUGCAUACAAGGACGACCCCACCAAGUCCAUUCUUGUCAUGUUUGCCACCGAAGUCAAGGUCGGCGUGGCACCCAUCCGCCAGAUGAUUGAGCAGAUGAGCACGCAGUCCAUCCAACGCGGCAUUAUCGUCGUCCAGGACUGUCUAACCUCGUUUGCCCGCAGCACCCUGGCCGAGGCCAUGCCGCAGUUCAUCAUUGAGGAGUUUAAGGAGGCAGAGCUGCUCGUGAACAUUACCCGUCACACUUUGGUGCCCAAGCAUGAGGUGCUGUCAGACGACGAUAAGAUUGCACUGCUCAAGCAGUACAAGCUCAAGGAGGCGCAGUUGCCUCGUAUUCACUCAACAGACCCUGUUGCUCGCUAUCUUGGUUUGCGAAGGGGCCAGGUUGUCCGUAUCACACGUCAAAGCGAGACCGCAGGUCGUUAUAUCACCUAUCGACUUGUCUUGUAGUGCAACACGCAGAAAAAAAGUCUGUGUGACGUCGUAGUUUGUUGUUGUUGGAGCGUGUUUUCGUUGUCAGUGCGACUUUAUAAAAAUGUAAUCCAAUUUCUUUGU